UAAUACCGGAAGUGGCGACACACAGACAGAAAAGAGAGCACGAAAAUAACGCACGGUGAACAACAAGAUUUGGGAUAAUUUGAAAUGGUCAAAAGAAAGGCCCAGAGUCGGGCCUUGAUCGACUCUGACAGUGACGCCAGCGAUAGUCCGGCUGAUUCGGAAGAGGACUGGAAGGCACUAUCAAAGAGAAAAAAGAAUGACAAUGAAACUGUCACAUCUGCAGAGAUAUCAGCAAAGAAAACAGUCACUGAUUCUGAUUCAGAAACAUCUGAUGAUGAUGAUGAAUGGACAUCUGGUACCAAAAACAAGAAGAGGAAGAAAUCCAAAACACUUAAGAAGAAUAGGAAAAAGUCUGCAGUGUCAUCAGACAGUGAAGAUGAUGCUGGUCCCAAACAAAACUCAGAACCUGAAGAGGGAGAAGUGUCAGAUUCAGACAGUGGGUCCAGUAGUGGCUCAGAGCAGUUUGAUGAUGGCUUGGAUGAAAACUUAAUGGGAGAUGAAGAGGACAGAAAAAGACUGGAACAGAUGACAGAAAUAGAAAGAGAACAAGAACUGUUUCACAGGAUAGAAAAGCGAGAAGUGAUGAAGACCAGGUGGGAAAUUGAAAAGAAAUUAAGGAAAAAAGAGAAAGAAGAACGUAAAAAAGAGAAAAAAGCAUCUUCAGAUGCAGUUCUGGGCAAGUCUACUACUCAGAAGAGCUUGGAAAGAAAGAAGGCAAUAGAAGAUAAAAAGGACAGUAAGAAAAUGUCAGCGUUAAAUGACCUCAAGGCAAGAAGAGAAGAAAAGGAAAAGAAAAGAGCUGAACUUCAGCAACAGCAGGCCAAAAAACAGCGGGUCAAUGUGGAUGAUAUUUACUCUGAUGAUGAUGAUGAUGACGACGAUGAAGACAGAGACAAGGACAAAGAAGAGACUGAACACAAGAGAAAAUCAUCAUCCUCCUCCUCAUCUUCCCUGACAGAUUCAGAUGCCAGUUCCAGAUCUUCAUUUAAAUCAGACUCAGAGGGAGAGGAAUCAGACAGUGAAGCAACAAAAAAAUCUAAGAAACCACAGUUCAUUGCUAACAAGGAAGAUUUGAUAAAAAUAAAACUAUCCAGGUUUAAAAUGGAGAAAUGGUGCCACAUGCCUUUCUUCAACAAAGUGGUCAAAGGGUGUUAUGUACGUGUUGGAAUUGGCAACCAUGAUGGCAGAGCAGUGUAUAGGGUUGCUGAGAUUAUAGAAGCUGUGGAAACUGCCAAAAUAUAUGCCUUAGGUACCACAAGAACAAACAAAGGACUGAAACUUAGGCAUGGCGAGGCAGAGAGAGUUUACAGGCUAGAGUUUAUUUCCAAUCAAGAGUGGACAGACACAGAGUUCUUCAAAUGGAAAGAGACCAUGAUGCUGGCUGGUUUACAAUUACCUACAGUGGAUGAAGUGAAUCGUAAAUCAAAAGAAAUAAGGGAAGCAUUAAAUUACAACCUCAAGGAGGAUGACAUUGAAGAGAUUGUCCAAGAAAAACAGAGAUUUAGAAAAAACCCUCACAAUUAUGCAAUGAAGAAAACUCAGCUUAUAAAAAUGAAGGACACUGCCGAACUAGAUGGUGAUCAAGAGACCAUGAGGCAGGUCAAACAGCAGUUAGAAGAACUAGAGGAGAGGGCCACGGAGCUGGAUAGGAGGAGAACUAGCAAUAUCAGUUCUGUCAGCUGGAUUAACCAGAGGAAUAGGCAGCAGAACAUAGUGGCAUCUGAAGAGGCUUGUAAACGUGAGGUAGCGGAGAUGAAAAAUGCCAAGGCAGACCCCUUCACCAGGAGGCAGUGUCGACCCACACUUGUCACAAAGACUAGAGAUCAAGAAAUUGAUGAAGAGACGAGAAAAAAACUAGAAGCUGCAGUUAAGAAGAUGACAGAAGUAAAGAAAGAUGCAGAGGAAGAACCUGGGGCAGAGUCCAUUGACAUGGAAACACAGGAUGUCGUGGACUCUGGCACAAAGAGCACCCCCAUGGCACCCCCUCCAGACAGGAGACAGUCCAAUGAUUUGUUUGCUGUGCAUGAUUUUAACAUCGAAAUUGAUCUCGAUGUACCCACAGUUUCUCCCGUCAUUGUUACACCACGUCAGUCACAAGGUGGUACUGAUGGCGGGCCAAGAAGAUCCCUUAAUUUACAGGACUAUAAAAAGAGAAGAGGACUGAUAUAAAUGUUGAGAAAUGGGAAGACUAUUGUUACAUUUUUUCUAUUGAACAAAAGUUGAAUCAUUUGGAUACCAGUUUGUAUUGAACAUGAAUCAGGAAGGUGAUGAAAAUAAUUGUACAUAGAAGCAAGUUUUUUUUAUUUUUCACCAUAACUGAAAAUAUCCCUUGUCAUCAGCCUGCAUAAAAAUCACAUCUCAGCAACAAUCCUAUUGUUUCAAAAUCAUUAUCAUCAGGAGUAUGACAGAUUGCCUUGAACUUCCAUCUACCUGUUGCAUUAUCCAUAAAUUUGGAGGACAAGCAACUGGGGGAAACUAGGAUGAAAAGUCUCGCUCUUAAACCAGCCAUCCAUUUAGAGUGUAGUGGUAUUUAGAAAAGUUUUAUACUGUUUUACAAAAUUUUGUCCAUUCCACCUUGCUUACAGAACCAUUGGCUUAGAAAAUUGAGUCUAGCAUUGUUUCUCUUCACAUGUUGUAGUGGAUAUGUAAAAUUUAACUUUUCUUAUGCUUAAAAAUUUAACAUAAUCCAAUUGUGUCAUUUAAUUUUGUUCAUUUGAGGACUAAAGUGUACAUAAAUACCAUAGAUUGAAGCGUGGCAGUAUAUCCUGUCCUUGUGCUCAGGUGAUAUAGUGUGUAUAGAAUAGAAAUAUUAAACAAUCAUUUUCAUAGAUA